AUGGUCCCCGGGGCCCCCAACACGACCACCACCAUGCUCCCCGCCUCCGAGGCUGCCAAAAUCUACCAGACCAACUACGUACGCAACUCCCGCGCCAUCGGCGUCCUGUGGGCCAUCUUCACCAUCCUCUUCGCCAUAGUCAACGUGGUGUGCUUCAUCCAGCCGUACUGGAUCGGAGACGGCGUGGACACCCCGCAGGCGGGCUACUUCGGUCUGUUCCACUACUGCAUCGGGAACGGGCUGUCUCGGGACUUGACUUGUCAGGGCAGCUUCACCGAGUUCAGCGCCAUCCCCUCCGGUGCGUUCAAGGCCGCCUCCUUCUUCAUCGGCAUGUCCAUGGUGCUGGUCCUCACCUGCAUCGGCUGUUUCGCGCUCUUCUUCUUCUGCAGCACCGGCACCGUGUACAAGAUCUGCGGCUGGAUGCAGCUGGCUGCAGGUACAUGUCUGAUUCUGGGCUGCAUGAUCUACCCGGACGGCUGGGACAGCGACGAGGUGAAGCGGAUGUGUGGCGAGCAGACGGACAAGUACACGCUGGGUGCCUGCUCAGUGCGCUGGGCCUACAUCCUUGCCAUCAUGGGCAUCAUGGACGCUCUCAUCCUCUCUUUCCUGGCCUUCGUUCUGGGAAACCGUCAGGACAGUCUGAUGUCUGAGGAGCUGCUGGGAGACAAGAGCGGUAAUAACGCCAUAUAACAUCUGGUAAUGGUAAAGCAGCCAUACACACACACACACAGGUCUUGCUGCCUAGAUGUGAUGUUACUUCAGGAUCAAGCUUCCCUCUCCUGGUCCAACCUGUGGCUGGGAUGCAGAGCUGAUGUGUGGGGAAAGAUCAGAUGAAAGAAGAGGAGGUCUGGAAGAGCCCACACAACCCUGUUGGAGACCAUGAUGCCUCUUAAUUGUCCUCUCUGAAAGCACCCUCUGUAAAAUAGCCUUCUCAUUCAUCUCAAACUGCUUAUUUUUGCAGGAUGAAUUCUCAAAAAAUACUUUCUCAAAGUUUACCUGUGUUGGUAUGUCACUGCAUCAUCUUACCCGAGCUGUUCAAACUGAAAUGUUCUCCGUGUGGAUGUGAGGAAAGCUGCUCCAGUGCCCAGGUUCAGCUGAAAAAAACCCACAAUAUCAACAAAGACUCAUUCAUGUGGUAAUUCAGCUCCAGGACACUCGUUGGACAAACACCACUGAGCGACAGCCGCUCAAAUCGAAUUAAAUCACAACAAAUUAUCCAGACUUUGACCGACACAAAUGAGGACUUAACAGACUUCAGGUCAAAGCUGUCAGAUCUUCUUUCUUAUCGAGUCAACAAACUCCCUGCAAAAGAGUUUGGCUCUGACACUGUUUGACCUUUGAUUUAAAGGAGCGUGGUGUCAGCAAAGGGAGGACUGAAGAAAACUAUAUGCUGGAUGAACAAACAGAAAGAACAGUACCAUUUUGUUAUAAUUAAAUGUUUGAUGUGAUAGAAAGUAGUAAUUAGAGGUUUUGCUGGUGACAACUUUGCAAAGCAGAUACUAAAUAGGAGAAAACAUCAAUUGUAUUAAGUCUAUAAUCUGUGUAUAGCUAUAUGUUGAUUAUGUCUGUACUUUGUCUUGACUUUGAAAUGUACACUUUGAAAUGUCAAGCUAUUGGUCCAUUAUUAGUGUGCCAUUCAGUAUCUUGUAAUCUGACAGUAUUGUGGAGUACUAAAAGGGUGUAAGAAAAUAUGGA